UGACAUUCUGUCAAUUUUCUCAUAUCAUCUGCUCGCUGUCAGAUUCUUUUAUUAGCUCUAACACGUCAACACGUCAACACGUUUCCAUUGUUUCGUUUCCAUUGGUUCGAUAUGUUGUAUAUAUAGUGUUUGGGAAAUCAAACAAAGUUAAUUUUUUCGAACUGAGGUUGCGUUAAUCUAAUAUUACUCACUGUCAGCAAAUGUAGAUAUGUGUAAUAUGAAAACCGUCAUACAAACGAAUUUGUAUCUUAUAUCCUCUUGAAAAGACUUCGGAGAAGAACAUUACUAUUCAUUGCUCAUUUUCACUGUCUUUCAUCAUUUAAUGACAGUGAAAUUUGGAUUGACUGUUGGAUCUUACUUUACCCAAUCGAUGCAAAUUUAAAAAUCAUACUUACGAGGAACUGAUCAGAACAGAUAUAUUCAAUCCAACAAAUUUAUUUUUAUAUCAGUCGUCAACAAUGGCGUGGACAAGUUAUCAACGUACAUUAGCAUUACUUCAAAUAAUUACAGGCUCAUUUAACACUUUAUCAGUUAAAUAUGCAGAUCGACAAGUGGUACUUGGAGAAGAUCAACAACUUAGAUAUUUUAAUCAUCCUUUUAUGCAAUCAUUAUUUAUGUUUAUUGGAGAGGCUCUUUGCUUUUUAGCAUUUAAAGUCUUCUAUUAUUAUUAUAAUCGACGAGCUGAUGGCUCUGUAGAUAAUAAUGUACUCACUAAGGGUUCGAGGAGUUUUAAUCCUUUCAUUUUAUUUGUACCUGCAUUGUGUGAUAUGUUUGCAACAUCCAUAAUGUACAUUGGUCUGAAUAUGACUUAUGCAAGUAGUUUUCAGAUGUUGCGUGGAUCAGUAAUCAUUUUUACAGGAAUACUUUCUAUUGGAUUUCUCGAUAGAAAAUUGGGAGCAAGAGAAUGGAUAGGCAUUGGUUUUGUCAUAACUGGCUUAGCAUUUGUUGGUGUUAGUGAUAUAUUAACAAUGGAGGACAGUGAUAUCAGUGCAAACUCUAUAAUCACUGGAGACUUGCUUAUUAUAUUUGCUCAGGUAAUAACAGCUGUUCAAAUGGUUGUGGAAGAAAAAUAUAUGACGCAACAAGAUAUUCCUGCAUUACAAGCAAUUGGAUGGGAGGGUAUUUUUGGAUUUAUCGGUAUUUCUAUUAUUUUGAUUCCUCUCAAUUACAUUACUGCACCACCACCUUUCGCUGACAAUUCACGCGGUACGCUUGAAGCCACCGCGGAAGCUCUUAUCGAAAUUGGAAGCAGUAGUAAAUUGUUGAUAGCUGUUAUCGGUAUAUCAUUUAGUAUUGCUUUCUUUAACUUUGCUGGUAUUAGUGUUACCAAAGAGAUGAGUGCUACGACGAGGAUGAUUUUAGAUAGUGUACGAACGAUCUUAAUAUGGGCUUUUUCUUUAGCGUUUCAAUGGCAGGCCUUUCAUUACAUGCAGCUCAUUGGUUUUGUGAUUCUUUUAAUCGGUAUGGCAUGUUACAACAACAUCAUAAUUCCACAAAUAAUCAACAAAUAUCGAUGCCGUUUAGGACGCCAUGUAGUUGAUGAAAAUCGUAUUAUUAAUACCGCUGCAGAUGAUUUGCAAGAAACAGCGUGAAAGACUAUGCAAUUUGGAUAUCCUAUGCCGCAUGAUUUUCACUAGUAUUCUGCUAUACCUUUUCUACUGAAUAUGAAUGAACCAAAUCUAUGAAUGUAAUAAAUCUUUAUAUUGUGUA